AUGAGUGCCAAGAAAUGUGCUCGUGAGGAAUGCGGGAAAACAGUGUAUCCGAUAGAAGAGCUGAAGUGCUUAGAUAAAGUUUGGCAUAAAGGGUGUUUUAAAUGCACAGUAUGUGGAAUGACUCUAAGCAUGAAGAACUACAAGGGCUACGACAAAAAGCCUUAUUGCGAGCCGCACUAUCCCAAGACUGUGGCCUCUGUCGUAAUGGAUACACCUGAAAUGAGACGUGUUGCAGAAAAUACCAAGAAUCAAAGUCAAGUGCAGUAUCACGCCGCCUAUGAAAAAACCAAAGGAACCAAGAUUGAAGUAGCAGAUGAUCCGGAAAUGGAGCGUCACAGAAAAAACAUGCAGGCACAAUCACAAGUCGCCUAUACUGGAGAAUUGGAUAAAAGGAAAAGAAUGGAAGAAGUUCGUCCGACUUACGUGCCAGCAGAAGCUUCUGGUUCAGAAACCCGAUACUGUCUCGAUUUUACAGAAAGUGGACGUAAUGCUGCGUCCGGUGCUGCUAAAUCUCUUUCACCAAGCGGAGCUGCUGGAUUUGCUGUGAAAGCAAUUUAUGACUACACCGCUGCAGAUAAAGACGAAGUGUCAUUCCUGGAAGGUGAUGUCAUUGUAAACUGUGAGAAAGUGGAUGAUGGUUGGAUGACUGGGACAGUUCAACGCACACUACAAUGGGGUAUGCUGCCUGCCAAUUACGUUCAGCCAUACAAGCUACCUACUGGACUAGCCAGAAUCAAGUGA